AAUAUCCCCCGCCCAAUUCCCAUUUCAUCUCUCCCACACAUUCCAGAAAGUGAUCUCUCCCUUCCUAAGCGACACACAUGUUCCACUAUUAUCAGUCACAGUAGUCUUACAAACACCACAACAACGUACAAGUCCAAAAACCAAUCAACCUAGCUAAGAUCAUCGUAUUCAUCUGAACUGAAGCAAUGAUGAAGGCUCUCUCACUUCCCUCCACCUCCUCACUCCUCCCUGAUCAAACAAUCAUAUCAAACUCUACUCGCAGAUGUAGAGUUGUUCCGAUGAUGGCGAGAUCUCAAUUUCGGGUACCCCAGAGAAGAAACUUGGGUGGUACCUACAAAACUCCCAACUUCAGUUGGAUGGCAGCAGUUGGAGAGAAGGUGGAGUCCACAACUAUGCCAGCUUCUGUGCCGGUCCGAGUGGCACAUGAGCUUCUCCAGGCUGGCCACCGUUACUUAGAUGUCAGGACUCCCGAAGAGUUUAUGGCUGGUCACGCUACCGGAGCCAUAAACAUUCCUUACAUGUUCAAAGUUGGAUCAGGCAUGUCAAAGAACCCCAGGUUUUUAGAGGAAGUGCUGGAACAUUUUGGAAAGGAUGAUGAAAUUAUUGUUGGGUGCCAAUUAGGCAAGAGAUCACUUAUGGCUGCAAUUGAUCUUGUUUCUGCAGGUUUUACUGGAAUCACUGACAUAUCAGGUGGAUAUGCUGCCUGGACACAGAAUGGGCUUCCUACAGAGUCAUGAAGAGAUUAAAAUGAAGCAUUUUAUCUGAAUCUCUUCCCCUAAUCAUCAAUAAUAAAUUAAACCUACUGUAAAUACAAGCUAAAUAUGGCUCUGUAAAUUUUCUUUUUUUAACUGUCAAGUGGCUGGAUGAAAUAGUUUAUAUAUUCAGCUUGCCUGGCUUUAAUUUACUUUGCUUUCAAGUUGGGUAAAUGGGCAUGGUUGCACUUAUUGGCAUAUGCCCAUGUCUUCAAAUAUGAUUAUUCAAGUUAUAUGUAUUAUGGUUAUGUUGUACCAA